AUGAAAUGAUAGGGUGAAACGACACACUUUCCUCCCAUUCCUAUUAUAUAUCAUAGCUUUCAUGUUUGGAUUCAUUGUCAUAAAACCCUAUUCUUCUUCCUGAGAAAAGAGAGAGAUUGUGAAGAUGGCCACAGGAGAAAGAGGCUUACGAGGUAAAUUGAAGAAGGUGGUUCUGGCUUAUAGUGGUGGCUUGGACACUUCUGUCAUUGUUCCAUGGCUAAGGGAAAACUAUGGUUGUGAAGUUGUUUGCUUCACUGCUGAUGUUGGUCAAGGUAUAAAGGAAUUGGAAGGCUUGGAACAGAAGGCCAAGGCCAGUGGGGCUUGUCAGUUGGUAGUGAAAGACUUACAGGAGGAAUUUGUAAAAGAUUACAUAUUCCCUUGUUUGAGAGCUGGUGCAAUUUAUGAGAGAAAAUACUUGUUGGGUACCUCAAUGGCCAGACCCGUUAUUGCCAAGGCCAUGGUGGAUGUUGCCAAAGAAGUUGGAGCUGAUGCUGUUGCUCAUGGAUGCACAGGAAAAGGAAAUGAUCAGGUCCGGUUUGAGCUGACUUUCUUUGCUCUAGACCCCAAGCUACAUGUUGUGGCUCCUUGGAGGGAGUGGGAUAUUACUGGUAGAGAGGAUGCUAUUGAAUAUGCCAAGAAACACAAUGUACCUGUCCCAGUGACUAAGAAAUCCAUUUAUAGCAGGGAUGGGAACUUGUGGCACCUUAGUCAUGAGGGUGAUAUCUUAGAAGACCCUGCAAAUGAGCCUAAGAAGGAUAUGUACAUGUUAACAGUUGAUCCGGAAGAUGCACCAAAUGAACCUGAGUAUUUGGAAAUUGGGAUAGUCUCAGGGGUGCCUGUUUCAGUCAAUGGAAAGGAGCUUUCCCCUGCAUCUCUACUUAGAGAGCUCAACCAAAUCGGCGGAAGGCAUGGAAUAGGCCGAGUUGACAUGGUUGAAAACCGCCUCGUUGGCAUGAAGAGUCGUGGGGUCUAUGAAACUCCUGGUGGCACCAUUCUCUAUGCUGCUGCCCUCGAGCUUGAAUCAUUGACAUUAGAUCGAGAAACAAUCCAAGUUAAGGACUCUCUAGCGCUUAAGUAUGCAGAGUUGGUGUAUGCAGGCCGGUGGUUUGACCCACUUAGAGAAUCUUUGGAUGCUUUCAUGAAGAACAUAACAAAGACCACAACAGGUUCAGUGACUAUAAAAUUGUACAAAGGCUCUGUGACUGUAACAAGCAGAAGUAGUCCCUUUAGUCUGUAUAGGCAAGACAUUUCAUCGUUUGAGAGUGGAGACAUAUAUGAUCAAGCUGAUGCUGCCGGCUUCAUUCGGCUCUAUGGGCUUCCAAUGAGAGUUAGAGCAAUGCUUGAGAAUGGUAUGUGAUGUGAUAGUCUUUUCUUGUAAUAACAGUGCUGUUUGCACUAAGUCAGGCAUUUGGGUUGUGUUCAUGCAAUUCUGAUAUGAUGCUUUAGCUUUUCUUUUUAAUUCUGAUAUGAUGCAAUUCUGAUAUGAUGCUUGAGAAUGGUAUGUGAUGUGAUAGUCUUUUCUUGUAAUAACAGUGCUGUUUGCCCUAAGUCAGGCAUUUGGGUUGUGUUCAUGCAAUUCUGAUA